AACAGUAGGGGGUAAUGGGUAAUGGGGUACACUGCACACACAACAGCCCAAGAUCUUUUUGAUCUUGAACUUCGAGCUUUGUUUAUAGGACAGCGGUUUACAAUGGAACAUGAUCUAAGGCCGCUAGAAAUAAAUGUUGAUAGUACAAAACAACUGAUUACUUUGCUUAACAAUGCAGACACUAAUACUAACAACUUCACACUACUGUCCAAUUGCAGGUUCCUUCUUCAACAUCUUGAUAGUCCACCACUCAUCCAUAUCUACAGAAAACAAAAUAGACUUGCUGAUAGUCUAGCAAUCACUACUGCACAACCAUCCACCCUAGCUACUACUUCCUUAGCAAUGUUGCUACUAUCUUUUGGGUGCCUCCUCAAAACUACAAAUAUUUUGCAAGCUGAUAAACAGGAAGACAUUCUACUAGUACUAGACGUGUGAAGACCCUGGUCUUGCCGCCUAGUACAUCUGUUAAUAUACCCACUACUACUGGAUGGUCCGUAAAUAUUGUACAAUGUACAAAUACGUGGCAAUGCUGCUACCAAACUACUCUCUGUAGACUUUUUAUUACUAUGCUAGUAUAAAUAUCCUAUAUCAGCGAUCCAUUGAAAAAAGAAAAACCAGAAGAUAAAAAUUUUAUCCGAUCAAGAAAAUAGUGUACUAGAUAUGGCUACAGAGAGCAAAUCUAGGGUAGUGAAAGUGAAGCCCAGUAGUAGUAGCCAAGUUGGUUCAUCUUCAGAACCCGAAAUGAUUCAUCUCUUAUCAAGAAAAAGGUUGUUCAGAUCUCAUCUAAUAAGCAAUCUGGAGAUUCUAAGGGUAAAUCUGUCAUUAAUGUCUCUACAACUGAGUAGGGGGACUUAGAAAGAAAGAAUGCAGAUCUCAAAGACAACGUCCAAGGGAAAGAAAAAGCAACAUGUCAAUAUUUUUAUACCCAAAGAAGUUAUUGUUGAGAUAUUACAAAGAGUACCUUGACAAGAUUUGUAUGAAACUAUAAAGAAAGUAUGCAUGCAGUGGUGUUCAAUUAUAUAUAGUGGUAGGUUUGCCUACUCACUGAACGCGGAAUAUUAAAAUCCUCAUCAUCAUUCUCGCAAUUGGAAGCAGUUAUUAUUAGCAAGACCGAUGAUAAACGUUCUGUCACAGUUUUUGCCUUGGAGUGACAUAGUUUUCCAAACGAUGCAUUCCAAGAACAUGAAAGAUAUUGGGAGACUAAAUACAUGUAUGCAGUAAAUGAUGUAUUGAGUAGCACCGUACAUAGAAUCAUGUGCAUGCUGAGGGUAUAUUCUGUGAAUGGUUUCAUUUGUUUCUGGAGUGAUGAUGCUUGUCUCCAUGUCUGCAAUGCUAUCACUAAAGAGUAUUUCACAACUCCACCAUAUUCUUAUAAUACCAAUAUGGCACAACACCGGCUGGUUGCAGUUGGCUUUGGAUUUUGCCGGCUUUCAUAUGAAUACAAGGUUGUUGUUCUUCAUGAACACACAGAAUUUGAAUAUGCUGAUAUUAAACCAAUAAUUUUAACUGUUGGAACUGACCGUUCAUGGAGGUCUCUGAAAGUCAUUCCUGAUACAAAAUUUAUUUCUCGAAUUGAGAGUGGUGCACAUGUGAAAGGGGUAUUAUAUUGGUACUUGGAGAGUUGUACUCUUAAAGAUUGGCCAUGUCAUAGUAAGAGAAUUGAACGUCUAAUAUGUUUUGAUGUAACUAAAGAAGAAUUUGAUAUGAUUAUCGUUCCAGCUGAAAUUGAUGGCGUAGGAGGAGUCCAGAAUGUAAUUAGUAUUACAGAAAAAGGAGGAAAUCUUUGUUUGAUAAACAUAAGUCAUGGUCCUAUUUUCUCUAUCUUGAUUUAGGUAUAUGUUGCGUAUAGUACUACCGAUUUGAGUUGCAUAAAUUCAUGAAAGAAAGAGUUCACUGUGACCAUUCCUAAUAUGGCUUACAAUAUAAAAAUCAGUCGUUUGUUCGUCUUAAUUGUUACUGAUGACAUGUUGGUGAUUCAACUUGAUGAUGAUGAAGCCUACGGAUUUAUUAAUGUAGCAACUGGAAUGCUGUUGAGUGUAUUACGUCUGGGUUGGUCUGAAAUUGUUAUCCCUUAUGUCCCAAAUUUGAUUACUCUUUUUCAUCGCCCACAACAACUACAACUACAACAUAUCAAGUGAAAUUCCACAAGUGAAGUCUGGGAGUCUGGGGAAGGUAGAGUGUGGCAAAUCGCUUAAUGCUACCUCAAGGAGGUAAAGAGGUUUUUCUUGGCCACUACUUUUUAGCUCUUCUUUUAGGUGCUAGACUAAACUAGAUUGCAAUUCAUGUCUUUUUCUUUGUAUCAAA